AUGUUUAAUGAAGGAGGGAAUUAUUUGGAAAAUAAAAUAAAUACUUUUGGAGGCUCUAACAGCACAAAUCUCCUCAAUUUAACAAUUAACAGAAAAAAGGGGGCUAGUAGACUUAGAAAAGAAGAAAAAUUUAAAAAACAAAAAAAUUCUAUUAAAAAUUUGAGGAAAAUUACUGAUAAUUUUAAUGAAUUACAGCAAUUCUUUAAUUCAACAUUAUUUAAUUUGGCUAUUCCUUUAAAUGAAGAAAAUAAUAAAAUUGAAGAAAGGCGGUAUUUAGAUGCGUCUUGGGGGGAUGACAGAAACAAUAGAAAGUUAAUUGUAGAAGAAAAUAAGGAAGAAAAACAACAAAUACCUCCAUUUGAAGUAACUGAUUCACUUAAAUUAGCACUUUCUUCAACAAAACCAACAAUAGAAAGGAGAGAAGAUUUAUUAGAAACUUUAAUUACAACAAAACCAUUAAUCGAAGAAGUACAUAAUAGUAAUUGGAUAAAUCCUUGGGAAAGACAAAGAGGAGAAGGAGGAGGAAAUAAUAAUUAUUUUAAUAUUGAACAGCCCAAUUCAAUUUCAACUUUUAUUUUUUCUUCUACCUCAACCACCCCUCCAACAAACCCUUUCUCAUUUUCAAUAAAACAACAAACACCCCCCACCCAUUCAAUAAUGCCCGGUGCUCAUUUUUAUGUAGAUCAACACGUUAGUAGAGGAAGAUUUGGAAGAGAACCUCCAUUGGCCCCAACAUUUGUUUAUGAUCCAAAUGUUUUACAAAGUCGUUAUGGCUUUAAUGGACUACUUUCUCAGUUUUUACCCAAUGGAAAAUUACAACGUUUUGGGACUGGAAUAGUAGAUCAUAGACAAAAUGGAGUUGUUUUGGUACAACAAAAAUCAACAAGUUUACCUUCAGAAAAUUGUAAAAAUAUGUAA